AUGGGAGUUUACAAUAUUCAGUUCUUGUUCCUAAUUGCGUUUUGCUUGAGGACAGUUGUAGGCCACGGCGAUCAUACUUGCGGAAGAGGAUGGACAGUCUUUAACGGAAAUUGUUAUUAUUUUUCAACUUCUGCAGUUCCGUUAAAAGAUGCUUUGGUAUACUGUCAUGGCCUUGGGGCUAAUUUGCUAGAGCUUCAAAACGCAGAGGAAGAAAAUUGGAUUGAUCUACAUUGUCGGAUAAGAGGAUAUCGAUAUGGUGUUUGGCUUGGCAUUUGUGAUCAUCAGUUGGAAGGAAAGUUUGUAUCUAUUUCAAAUGGAAAAGGCAUUUCUUACAGCCAUUGGAUAAGAGGAGAGCCAAACGACUACAGGAGCAAUGAGGAUUGUGCUCUCUACUGGUAUACGCUUAAAGGUUGGAACGACACUCCAUGCAGCGGAAAAAUCAAUUAUGUUUGCAAAAAAGCAAAAUAAAUUUUAUUUCUCAGUUUCGCUUAUAGAGUAAAUACUUUCUGAAAAAAAAAAAAAUAGAAACUCGAUUCUGUUCUCUAUGCAAGCAUUGCUAUAUAUUAC